AUAAAAUGGAUAUCACAUAUCAAUACACGAAGAGGCGCUGCGAUUUUGGCCGUCAGCCUCUGUUUUGCGAGCAAGGUCCUGAUAUGUGCGACUCCAUAGCUACUGAUGUCACGGAGCACAAACGUUACAUCCUGCGCAACCCAGUUCACGAGCUGAUACAAAAUACAUCAGAUUUUUCUGAGCACUACGUCAACACUAGAAGAGCGAAAUACACACAAUCUGGUGCGAAUCAUUCGGAGGGUGGAUGGCCUAAAGACGUCAACAUAUUAGACCCAGAAGCCACACAGCGCUACCGUCGUAAAGUUGAAAAAGAUGAUGGCUAUAUUCAUUGUGUUAUGGCUUUGACGAAUGGCAUGGAACAUUACGUGUAUCAAAAUAAUGCAAUUGACAUGUAUCAAUCGUACUACAAAGAGAUGAAAGAGCAGCCGGACGUGGAGCGCAUUGGCAUGCGCACAGUUAACGUAUAUCGUGAUCACGACCACCGACCGGUCAGCUCAAUAUCGUGGCAAGCAGAGUCAAGUUAUCAUUUUGCCGUCUCCUAUGUAGAUUUUUCAGAUUUUUAUCGGACACCACGCAGUACUAUCACUGCUGCUUUAUGGGAUGUAGAGAAUGCCAAUAGUCCAGAAGCGAUUUUGCAUCCUCAUACAACAUUGUUCGACUUGCAGUACAGUCCCCGUGAUCCUAAUCUCCUCAUAGGUGGAUUUCUUAGUGGCCAAGUAGGUUCGUGGGAUAAACGCAUAGCGGGUGCGCCUACUCACGUCAGCGCACCGCAUGUAGCACACCGGGACUUUGUGCGCAAUGUAAGGUUCAUUAACUCAAAGUCUGGUGUGGAGUUUUUUUCUUCAGGACCAGACGGUGUGUGCAAGUGGUGGGACCUAAGGCAAUUAGAAGAGCCUACUGACGAAAUGAUCAUGGACUUCGUCACGUCAAGUUUUGACUCGCAAAGCAUGGUAACAGCUAGUGGCGUUUCUUGUCUCGAAUAUGAGGCUACAAUACCCACGCGCUUUAUGGUCGGUUGUGAGAAUGGCAGAGUAAUUGGCGGCAAUCGCAAAGGAAAAACCCCAAUGGAAAAAUUACCCUUUAAGAUCGAUGCUCAUUUGGGUCCAGUUUGGUCACUAGAGCGAAACCCAGGCUUCCUAAAGAACUUUCUUACGGUGGGCGACUGGACAGUGCGAGUGUGGAGCGAGGAGUGUCGUGAAUCGGCGAUUUUAUGGUCUCCACCACUACGCUACAGCUACACGGCCGGCAACUGGAGCCCAACGCGUCUUAGUCUCAUGUUAAUGUGCGGUAUAGACGGCCGUAUUUCCGCUUGGGAUUUGCUGCGGCGCCAACAUGAACCUGUACUCACUAUGCAACUUCCCGAUCCGUUACUUCGGCAAAGCUUCCACGAUCAGGGCUCGAUUGUGACUGUGGGAAGUCGUAAAGGAAAUAUUUUUCUGGUAGAAUUGAGCCUCACGCUUGCACAGUCAGAAAAGAACGACAAGGGUAUGCUUACUGCGAUAUUUGAGCGUGAGAGCAAACGUGAGCGCAUUUUAGAAGCUAAACUCCGAGAGAUCAAGUUAAAGAUGCGACAAGCUGAAGAAGGAUCUCCUAAGGCAUCCGCUACUGAUAUAGAUCCGACUCUGAAUGAUCGAGAUCUCGCUGAAGCCACUACGGAUUACUUUUCACAGGUUAAGAAGGAGCUGGCUGCCAUGUAACAGAGGCUCAGACUUGUAUGGAGAGAGUUUGGAUUUUGGCACAUUAUAUGCCGUAGUUUGACGAAAUAAACUGAUACAUAGGUUGGUGUGUCCUCAUACAAAGCGUGAUGAUUGCUUUGCCGUCUCUACUUUAUCAAAGCUUGUAGGUACUAGCUCAGAUUAUUGUACAAGCUAGUUGA